GCGCAAUGAUAGCCGGAAGCAUCGAUAGGGUGAGACUAUAAUUCGAUGAAAUUUACCGUAUUUCGUAAGUGCAAAGCUUUCACUGGUUUCCUUUUUCACGAAAGUUAGGUCGAUAAAAUACAGACCUCUCGACGUGGCGGAAAUGCUGCGGAGAAGGCAGUUCCUUUUUUCGACGAAGUUACUCGGUGGGGUUUGAGCUGACGUGGGGAGAAGUUCGAGAUGCCAGAAAAGAGCAGAUAAACAAACAGCCAGCGGAUUAAUCAACUGAGCGACUGUCCGAACGGGGGCUAAGCAGGGGACACGGGGGAAAUAUCAACGAGACCAAUUCGUCGCUAGAGUUUUGGACCCAACAAUGUCUCAAAUAAUUUUCUAACGUUGUUGUUUAUCCCCAUGCCAAGUGCCAGCAGUGGCACAAAGAAGAAAAAUACCACGCGAGGAGAGAAUUUUUUUUUUUCUCCCAAUGUGUUCCUGUCCAGCUUGUCAAGAUAGAACACUUCUGUCAAUAUGAAACUUGACAUGAUUUGAGUGUAUGCUUCACCAGUUACAAACUAAAUAGCUUGCUAUAUCCCAUUGAAAACAGUACAAGAGUACAAACACUGCGUGGAUAUAGAAGUGGGAUAGCCAUGGCCCACCAUUCGACGCCCAGUUCCCAGAAGGCCCUGAUGAUGGAGCUGAAGUCCCUGCAGGAGCAGCCAGUGGAGGGCUUCCGCAUCGGCCUGGUGGAGGAGUCGGACCUUUACAACUGGGAGGUGGCCAUCUUUGGCCCCCCCAACACACUGUACGAGGGAGGCUAUUUUAAGUCUCACAUCAAGUUCCCCAUCGACUACCCCUACUCCCCUCCGACCUUCCGUUUUCUCACCAAGAUGUGGCAUCCCAACAUCUACGAGAACGGCGACGUGUGCAUCUCCAUCCUCCACCCUCCCGUUGAUGACCCCCAGAGCGGGGAGCUCCCCUCAGAGAGGUGGAACCCCACCCAGAACAUCAGGACCAUCUUGUUGAGUGUGAUCUCUCUGCUGAACGAGCCCAACACAUUUUCACCAGCCAACGUGGACGCCUCCGUUAUGUUCCGCAAGUGGAGGGACAGCAAGGGCAAGGACAAAGAAUACGCUGAAAUUAUCAGGAAGCAGGUGGUGUCCACGGUGGCAGAGGCGGAGCGCGACGGUGUCAAGGUUCCCACUACGCUGGCUGAGUACUGCGUUCAGACCCGGGUUCCCUCCCAAGACAGCAGCUCAGACCUGCUCUACGAUGACCUCUAUGACGAUGAUAUGGAGGAGGAGGAAGAGGAUGAUGAAGAUGAGGAGAGCGACAUGGAGUCAGGAGGAGAGGCAGGGGGGACCAGUGGAGGAGAAGGAGGGGUCACUACUGGCUGCUAUGACGACGACCAGGAGGAUUCUGGAAACGAGGACUCUUGAUGAUGAUGAACGCCCCAAAUUGACGCCCCACUCCCUGCCACAUCCGAUCCUAGCUCCCUCCUGAUCCUGUUAAGCCUGGAUCAUCACCUAAAACAAAUACUUGUACGUCUGGUACAUUGAUAGUAAAUUAAUAACUGGACAAAUUAGUGGAUUCCAAAUACAGGCGUGGUCGACCGCAAAAUAAAACAAACAUAUCUCCAAAUAUAAUUUGUCUAGUUGAGAGCAGUCGGAAAUGUCUUAAUUUGUCCUUUUGAUAUUUGACUUGACCGCAUGGUUUUGGUUUCCUUAUUCGAUGGUCACAUAGUCAAAGCCUGUCUCCCUCGUUUGAUGGAUUGAUAGAAAGCAGACAGUUGAUGAUGAACACAAACAGCAGAGCCCACAGGAGUUUGUUUUGUUGCGAGAUGUGCAGAUAUCUGCUUUUUGGAGAGGAUCAAGUGUAGUAUCUGUUCAUACCAGUUUAAUAUCUAAAUGGAAUUUAUGAACAAGGAGUCGGAAAAGGGGCUUGCUCCAUGUAACGACCCAGUAUUGCAGUGCAUCUGGGAACGGAGCACACACAAAAAGAUGCAGCUGAAUGGAAUGUGUGCUACUGCGGGUGCUAUUGUUUCUGUUCAACUGUCUGCGUUUUAUCAUGUCACUAGACGCAUUUGCUUUAAGUAUGUUCCGGGCUUAGGUCUUUAAUUUUCUAACCAAAUUCUCAGAACCCAGACACCUCUUGGCCCCUUCACACCCUGGUAGUCUUUCAUAUUCAAGUGUAAGCUGGUUGGCUUUCUGUCUGGAUGGCUGAAAUUUGGUAUUUUUGUUAGCCUGGCAGGCUGUGUUGCACAGUCAAUGUGCCCCUCUUUCCGUCUCUGGCUUGUCUCACACUCGUUGCCAGCCAGCCUCAGUCGUUAUGUCUGUUUGACAAACACACAAAUCUACAGACAAACUGACCCCACACCUCCUUUCACCUCUGACCUCUCCAGGGCUGGGGUGUGUUCAUUAGGAACCAAACGGCAGAAAACAGACAAACGGGGAAGGACUACCACUUGUUUUUGUUUUCCGUUGCAAAACAGUUUGCUACGGUGUUCCCUAAUGAGUACGACCCUGUAUAGGGCACUAGGAGGAAGUGCUGUCUCGGACAUGGAACCAAAGGAGUUCAUUCUCCUCUCCCGCCCUCCCUCUCCAUCCAUCCUUUCCCUGCCCCCAAACCUCAGGGCCUCCAUAGACUCUCACUGGGAGAAAACCAGGGAUGUAGUGGAGGACAAACGCACCUUAACACCGUCUACGCAACUAUAUGUUAUGAAAAGUGUUCCUGCGCCUAUUGCGCUAAAUUAGCGUUGUUAGCGUCCGCAUCAUUCAUUCAUUCAGCGUUUACCCACUUUAUUUCUUUAAUACUACAUCCCUGGAGAGGGCUCACACUCAAACUGCUCCUCAGCUUGAGCUUGGUAUUGUUUUAAAGGGUGUGUUUUUUGCAGGGGGUGGGUGUUUUUAGAGGGAACUUCAGAUCUCCAACACCAUCGGUCCCCAUGUCUCCUACCUUUUUCCCUUCCAACCUCUGUGAGUUAGUCAGAGUAGGUUGGUGGGAGGAGCUAUAGGAGGAUGGGCUCAUUGUUAUUGCUGCAAUGGGAUAAAUGGACCAGAUUCAAACAUGUGGCUUCCAUAUGUUUGAUGUGUUUGGAGAAGCUAUAGAGCCCGUCCUCUAUAGCUUCUCCCACAAGCCUCCUCUGGAUUCAGUGUGUUUUUUUUCUUUUUCUCAUUGCCACCCAUUUCUGUGUGUUGCCCUCUUCCAUUGGCCAUACUUCACAAAACUACACCAGAAAAGGCUUCUCAUCAUACAUGCUUGAUAUGCUUUCUUGGAAUUGGCGCAAACUCCUGGAAUUCUAGUAAGCAAGCCAGUUAGGUGGUCAAAAUGGAAAGUGAAGUUAAAUGAGUGGGAUUCUGUAUUUUAAUCAACUAUUUACACAUGCCAAGAGGCAUUAGCCAUUGUUUGUUAGUUAGCACAUAUAGCUAAAAGAGCACAUUUAGUUGUCCUCAACAUUUAUCAGCUAAGCUAUGACUUGAGCACAUGCCACAUUGGUGAUUCAGAGCUACAUGGGCACUAUUGCAUAUUGUGUGUGAAAAAGGAUGUUUCUUGAAACUCUGCUGCAAAUACUUUGGCUAAAGAACAGCAUAGGCCCUAAGUAGUAAUGCUUAGGCCAACCCAUCAACUGUGCUCAUUAGGCCUGCAGUUUUCAUAUGGGUGCGGGUGUGUUUUACCAUUACCUGUUUAAAGGAACACAGGACCUGUUACACCUUUCACUCACAUGGAGGUGCUGGCCUGGAUUGUAUGCCAAGGAGAUUACGUUUCAUCACCGCUUCCAGUGACGCUACAAUCAAUCAGUUAUAGAUAGGUAUGGAGUAUUCAUUUUCUGUUUGUAAGAGGGAGAGACUUGACUAUUCAGUCUGAGGAAGACUAACAGAAUCAAAAUGAGAACUUUCCUCCUACCUGGGUGAGCCAUGUCUCUAAAAUGACUUCCUCUCUUCACCCCCUUUUCUUCAUGAUCACUGAUCGGUGAAAGGAGUGGAUACAUUUCCACCAUAUUGCUUUUUUCCCCCCAACCUGCCAUGUUCUUUCAGAUCUGUGGUAAUAAAAAGGGCAAGGAGAAGAGGGAAGGAAGCCAUUGAAGAGUCCUGAGAUGCAGCCGGGGGUACUGUCUCAUGCUCACUGACAUUUUGCCUUGUGUGUAUUAACUAGUAGGAGACUGUUGGAACAGUGUUUACCUGGUUGAAAUGACACUCGACUAGAAGGACCACAUGCUAAGCUGUCAGACUCAGUGUUGCAAAGGUGGAGAGCAGUGGACAAUUUUUCUCAUGUAUUGUGUGGGUAAGUGUGUGUGUGGUGAUUUUUAUUUUAUUUUUUUAAAGGAGAUUUUCCCUCUGAGGCUGAAAAUGGUCUCAUUUGGACAAAAAUCAACUGUCACAGCCAGUGAUGUGGACAAUGCAGUCCUCCUUUUUAAUUUCAUUUUCUCUACCUUUUGUGUUGAGGAUGCAAAUGUCACCUAUAAAAUGUAUAUUAUAAAAUGUUGUAUGGACAGGACUCUGAAAUGUCUUGAAAUGUUCAUUUAUUAUAUGUUGUGAAUGAUGACAUUUGUUUCCUAGAAAGCAUCAGCUGCUGUACUUUGACAUGGAAAAACUGGGAAUGACAAAUUGUUUUUCAAAGCCGGUAGUAACCGUUGUAAAGACACUGGGCCCUGUUUGAGUAGUUUUCAAAUGAGUCUUUCCUUGAACCAUUACUGAAUCAUCACGAUUGUGUAGGUGAAAACCGGGUUUACACUACAUACUAAAACACUGAUCUGACAUGAGAUUGUAUCCUCAUCUUGAAAGUAACCAAACACUGCCCCAGUUUCUCACUGAAUUUACCACAACUGUGCAACACAAUUCUCCUGCCCUUUUUUAAUAAAAUUCCUAAUUAAAAUGGUAUGAUCCACUGG